AUGAGCCCUGCAUCUCAGGCAGUCUUCUUCUUCUUCCUCGGAGGAAUAACCAUGUUUAUAGUAAUGCUAAUUCUUAUAUUAGUCUUUUGGAAAAUUAUCAAACCAUCAGACCUCAAGAAGUUGGUCAAACGAGGUAGAAGGCGUCCAGAUCUGUUUAGUGGGAACCUCCGAACAAUAAGCUCAUUUGACUUUCAGACACUGAAGAAAGCAACCAAGAACUUUCAUCCCGGUAAUCUCCUUGGAAGAGGUGGAUUUGGGCCUGUUUUUCAGGGAAAACUAGAUGAUGGGAGAUUGAUUGCCGUUAAGAAAUUGUCUCUGAACAAAUCCCAACAAGGAGAAUCCGAAUUCCUUGCAGAGGUGAGAAUGUUUACAAGCAUUCAACACAAGAACUUGGUUCGCCUUCUCGGAUGUUGCUCAGCUGGGCCCCAACGCUUACUUGUCUAUGAAUACAUGACUAACAGGAGUUUGGACCUCAUAAUUUAUGGAAAAAGUGGUGGUAACUUCAUGAACUGGAGCACUAGGUAUCAAAUCAUUAUAGGUGUUGCUAGAGGGCUGCAGUACUUACACGAGGACUGUCCUCUAAGGAUCAUUCAUAGAGAUAUUAAAGCAAGCAACAUUCUUCUUGAUGACAAAUUUCAGCCAAGGAUUGGAGAUUUUGGCCUUGCUAGGUUCUUCCCCGAAGAUGAAGCUUAUCUUAGCACAGCAUUUGCCGGAACCUUGGGUUAUUCAGCACCUGAAUACGCUAUCCGAGGAGAAUUGUCAGAAAAGGCAGACUUAUAUAGUUUUGGAGUUCUAGUGCUUGAAAUUAUUAGUUGCAGGAAAAACACAGAUCUGAAUUUGCCAUCAGAGAUGCAAUACCUUCCAGAAUAUGCGUGGCUGCUCUACGAGAAGUCUAAGGUUCUUGAUCUCAUAGAUCCAAGAAUGAGAGAAGAUGGAUUUUUGGAGAAGGAUGCGGUGCAAGCAAUACAUGUUGCCUUCUUGUGUCUCCAACCUCAACCAGAUCUUAGACCCCCCAUGUCACAAAUUGUGGCCAUGUUGACAAACAAAGUGGACAUUGUAGGAACACCAAUCAUGAGACCGGCAUUCUUGGACAGGAGGCGGCGUAAAAGGGCCGUCGAUGUCGAUAACCACCCUUCUCGCGAUUCCAUUUCCGAGCCAUUCCCUUCUCCCCUUCAAAGUGAUUCCUCCUCAUUACCCAAAACCACAAAACUGGAACAUGCAUGA